CAGUUAAUCUAAAGUCUGUGUCAAAGCAGGCAAAGUAAUCAAAGCGGCGCGAUGAAGUGCCACAUUUUUGUGAUACUGCUGCUGAUAUGGAUCGCGGAGUGUUCAGCACAAAACAGAUUCUUCAUCUCAGGCCCGAAAGUCUUUCACGUGGGCGUUAAUGAGAAAGUGUUUGUCCAGAUGGGACCGGGUCACCUUAACAAACCUGUUAAGCUCUACCUGAAGGAUGAGAUCUCUAGUACUGUUGUGUCUGAGAUGAAAACGGUUACGUGCACUAAAGAAGACAAGAUUGAAAUAGCUGAGCUCAAGCUAAACAUGGAUUCUUUGUUAGGAUUGCCUCAAUUUCCUUCUUACGUUAUGCUCGUGGCAGAGAGCCAAUCCUUCACACCCAACACGAAGCUAACAAGGGUUCUGGUGUCAAAACACAGGGGCUACAUCUUCAUUCAGACAGCUCAGCCAAUUUAUAACCCAGCAGACAGAGUGAAGUACAGAAUCUUCACUCUUGACCACACGAUGAGGCCUCAUGAGGAACCUGUCCACAUAUCAGUAAUUAAUGCUGCUGGAAAUAGAAUAAUGAAAAUCAUGAAGAUUGCAAAGGGAGGAGUACAUCAAGACUCAUUCCUCAUACCUGACGUUUCUGAAACGGGUACUUGGAAGAUUACUGCACACUAUGAGGGUGAUGAAGCAAAUGCUGCCUUCAGAGAGUUCAAAGUUCAGAAAUUUAUUUUACCAAGCUUUGAUGUGAACAUCGUAAUGGAUCCGAAAUAUAUUUUGCUGACCAACAAAGAUCUUCAAUUCACCAUCUCAGCAAUGUACACACAUGGUGAAAAAGUUAAAGGUGCUUAUCACUGCCAGUUUGGAUUUGUAAAAAAAGAUGGCUCUGGCGGUCAGGAAAUGACUUUUAUCAAGGGACUGGAGCAGACCGGUUCGGUCAAAGAUGGAAAUGCAAAGGUUUCUCUUUUGUUUAAUGAGACAAAUGCAAAACUUCAGAGGCAGCUGAAAACAACCCUCUCUAAGAUGCAGGAAAAUGGAGAUCGAUUGUUUUUGAGAGUGUUUGUCACAAACAUACAAAGUGGUGAAAUACAAGAGGCAGAAGUUUACCUGCGAAUCUUCGCCCACAAAUACACGAUAGACCUCUCUCGAACUCGAUCUCAUUUUAUUCCUGGAUAUCCACUGGACGUGGUGGUGCUCGUGCGUCUGCCAGAUGGCUCUCCAGCAGCUGGUGUGCCAGUAAAUAUUAAUCUACCAACAUCACGGCCUUGGGAAAGCACCACUGAUCAAGACGGGGCACUGUUCAAUACUUUUAAUGUUCAUGAUAAAGCUGAUAUUACAGUUGAAGUUUCUACAAAUGGAUUACGAGAGAGAAAAAUAAUACGACGUGCUUCCUCUCAACAUGACAGCUACCUUUACAUGACUUUUACCAGCAGGAUCUACUCUGUGAAUGAAUUCCUUACCAUAACAUUCAACACCAUCAACAGCCCACGCAGUGGAUAUAUACACUACAUGGUCUUAAGCCGGGGAAUUGUAGUAAACACCGGCUCACUCCUACUUGGUAUAUCAGCUAAACACCGACUGCAGAUAACACAUAAUAUGGUUCCAUCUUUCCGUGUGAUUGGCUACUAUCACAACACUAACGGUCACGUCAUAGCUGAUUCAGUGUGGGUAGAUGUCAGGGAUGAAUGUGAGCUAAAUGUCAAGGUUCAACCCAAAGGUACCCUUGCACCUAACACACAUUUAAAGAUAGACUUUGAUCUACAUGGGAACAGCGCAACAGUGGCUUUGCUGGCUGUGGAUAAGGCCUUCUACGCUCUCAAUGCUGACAAUAAACUCACACCCAAACAGGUAUUCUCUACUAUGAACUCAUAUGAUCUGGGUUGUUCCUAUGGUGGUGGACCUGACUCAGCAUCAGUUCUGUUAGACAAUGGCUUGGCUUCUGUAUCUAAUGACCAGUUUCUGUGGAGAAAGGGUAAGAAAAAAAACUACUCAUUGCUCCUUCCUGAUUCCAUCACCACAUGGGAGAUUCAGAUCAGAGCCUUUAAGAGGUCAUUUGUGUCUCUGAGACUGCCCUCAUUUGUGAAAAAAUUUGAGCAGCUGUCGGUUUCACCUGUUAUCUACAACUAUGAUGACUCCGAACUGCAGGUGGCAGUGCACAUGGAACAAACUGAAGGACUUUGCUCUCCUGGUUCAGCCACGAAAUUAUCUUAUGUUAACAUUACUCUUGAACCCCAAUCCUCUCAGUUUGUCUCCUUCUCUGCUGUGCCCAUGGUCGCUGGUCCAAUACCCAUCAAAAUACGUCUCUAUGAUAUGGAGAAUAGCUUUGGAAUAGAUGCAAUAGAAAAAACUUUGAAUGUGCAGAAAGAAGGAUUAGAAAAGAGAGAUCAAGAAACCAGUGUCCAUAACUUAGAUGGAAGAAGCACAAAGACUAUCACUAUUGACGGAUCCUUACCAGAUGACACAGUCCCUGACUCCAGCUCCAAUAUAUUUGUUUCAGUGGAAGGGAAUGGCUUUGGUGAUUCAUAUGCAAGAAAGCUUCUUUCUACUGAAAGGGUUGCUGAAAUGAUUGUUUUGCCAACUGGAUGUUUAGAGCAGACAAUGUCAAAACUGGGACCUACAGUUUUAGCUUUCCGGUACCUUGACUUGAGCAAUCAGUGGUUUGAGAUGCCACCUGGCAGCAGAGAGGAUGCUCUUAAUAAACUUGAGCAAGGCAGUAAACACAUCACAAGCUAUAGAAGGCAUGAUGGAGCCUAUGGUACAUUGAGUUAUGUGCCAUCGAGUAAUUGGGUGACUGCUCUUAUAGUAAAAAUGUUUUCAUUUGUGACUCAGCGUCAGACUAAUGAAGAACGGAAGAACGUCAGAUUAGGAGAAGACAUCAGAAGAUCAGUCAGUUACUUGCUCUCAGUCCAGAAACAUGAUGGGUCAUUCAGUGACCCAAAUCCUGUGUUACACAAAGGAACCCUGAUAGACAAAGACCAAGAUGCAUCAGUGACUGCUUUCAUAACUCUUGCACUGUACCGGUCCGUUGAAUUUCUCCAGUCUGAUAUGCAAAAUAAAGUGAGACCAAGUAUUUCCUCUUCAACAUCAUAUCUCCAGUCACUCGCAGUGGAGCUGCAGCAUCCCUAUGCUGUCGCCAUUACAGCCUAUUGCCUCUCAGUGUGCAUGCCAAAUACAACAGAUCAUUCACAUAUAUGGAAAAAAGUGGAAGCAGCGGCUAUUAAAGGAACGAAUGACUGCUAUUUUUGGGCAGUUAAUGACAGCCCAAAGCUGGAUGCUAUCACAAUAGAGACGACAGCCUACGUCCUUCUAACUGCUGUUCAGCUUGGGCAUAUAAACUGGGCAGAGAGAGCAGCCUGUUGGUUAAACUCCAGAGAAAACUAUUAUGGAGGCUUCAAGUCAACACAGGAUACCCUCAUGGCCCUGGAAGCCCUCGCAGAGUACGAGUUAAAAAAGCCUCCCAGUCCAGAACCAAAACUGAAAGCAGAUUUCACAUCCGCUGGAAGGAAUGAAAUUGUAACACUUCAACUAGAAAAUAAGAAGGAAAAAGUAGAGACCAGCCUGAAGAAAUUUACAGGGAACAACAUCACCGUGCAUCUGACUGGAAAAGGAGAAAUUAAGCUUAAAAUUGUUAAGGCUUACCAUUUAUUGGAACCCAAGGAUGAAUGUGACCAGGUGUCUAUCAGUGUCAGAGUGGAGGGGAAAGUGAAGUACACUGCUCCGAUAUUAGAAAAUUAUGAAUACUAUGACUACGAUGAUGCGAAACAAGACCAGGAAGACCUGGGACGAACAGCCAUUGAGGGGUCUGAUGCUCACACCCGAUACAGGAGAGAGAUUGAUAAUAACUUCAGUCCAAAUGAGGCUGUUACCUACACUGUCUGUGUCAGUAAGAAGAGGAAUCUUACAGGAAUGGCCAUUGCCGAUAUUACAUUAUUGAGUGGAUUUGAGGCUAAAACAGAGGACCUGGAUAAGUUAAAAGAUUCACCUGAACAUUACAUUGACCAUUAUGAGACGUAUUUUGGAAGACUUCUGAUUUACUUCAACGAGGUGAAAGAGGAUGAGGAAUGUAUUAGUUUUGAAGCUAAACAACUGGUACCAGUUGGGCUUCUACAGCCUGCUCCAGCCACAUUCUAUGAUUAUUAUGAACCAGACAGAAAGUGUACUGUGUUCUACGCUGCACCACAAAGAAGCAAGAUGGUAUCCAAACUGUGUUCAGAGGACGUGUGCGAAUGCGCAGAAAGACCCUGUCAUACCCUACAAAAAACAUUUGAUCCAAGACAAAAAAUUUUGAAGGUUACCCGUGUCCAACAUGCUUGCUCCUUCCCUAUCGUAGAUUACGCAUACAUCGUUGAGGUCUCCAGUAUUUCUGUGAAGAGUAACUUUGAGUUGUACACCACUCUUAUAAUUGAGGUUCUCAAAUCGAAUAACGAUAUGUUGGUGAGUAAGAACUCUGUCCGAGUGUUUGCUAAGAGGGUUCACUGCAAAGGAAAACUAGACAUGGGAAAACAGUAUCUCAUCAUGGGCAAAGAUGGCACCACAAAAGAUACAAGUGGAAUGAUGCAGUAUCUGCUGGAAUCAAACACGUGGGUUGAAAAAAAGCCUUCAGAAGAAUGUAGUAAAAGUGCUAAUAGAAAGUCUUGUAGGCAUUUUAAUGACUUUGUACAAGAGUACAUGAUAGAUGGCUGCAGACAGUGAAACAAACUGCUUCAUUUUAAUGGAGCUUGAUUAAACGACUUUCCCAUCAGAUACACGAUUAGCAUGAGUGCUUAGAGCUUUUGUUGUUUUUCUUAUACUUUUUGGCUUAUUCUACUACCACGUCACAGUACAUAGCUAUACAUGUAUGCUCUGCAUCUAUCUAGCUACCUAUAAAUCAAAAUGAUAAAACCUUGAAACAUAUACAGUAAGUACAGUAAGACAUUGGUAGACAUACUGAGUGUGACUCCAUCACUUUGUAAUGUAAUCUUUCAUAUGCAAAACAACGGUCUGUGUUUCAUGUAAAAUAAAAACAUCUUC